GUUAUUUGUCUUCUGGUGUUUUAUAACAUGAUUAAUUUCAUAGAAAUUCAGCUAUUUUCAGCUCUUUGCGAUGGCUGAAACGAUGUUUUUUUUUAUAAUUUAGGGAGAGUGUUAUUAUUUCUUUAUUAUUGUUUUUAAAUCUUUAUUAUUAAUUAAAUAUUAUGUAAAUUUGCUGCGAGAUCUUUCUUUCUUCCUUGAAUUACCGUCGUCGUUUGACCGACAGACGUUUACUUCUUUUGACAUUCCAUUUAGCAUAAUCUUGCUCCUCACGAAAUAUUCACAAAGAAUAUUGUUGAACUUUAGGCACUGGCCUUGUAAUCUUUGGCAGCGAUAAGGUUGUCAUUUACUGUUAGGGUUUGCUGAAGCAUUUAAGUGCGAGUAUUUUGUCGAGUUAGGCUAUCGAUCAAGAGGCGUGGCAGCGAUACAGUUGAUUAAGGUUUAAGGGGUUUUGGUUGGAGUAAUCAUGUUCAAGAAGGCCAGCGAUGUUAAAGCUCUACAAAGGCUAUCUGGUGCGGACCGAAAGAAGCUGAGGCGGAAUAUUCACGAAAGAUUACCAUUCGCAUCAGACGCAGAUUUUGACGUCAUUCUUCCGCCCAAGGCAGAAAUAACAAUCACAAAGCUCACAAAUCGCGUGCAUGUAUAUGCAGUGGAAGGAGGACCUCCAAUGAUUUUUGAUGUUGAUGGACGAGGAGCUGACAUUUUUCCAACAGUUUAUGCACUCUGGAAGGUGCCAACACUCCUACCCUCAUUUGUGCUCAAAGGUGGGGAAGUUUCACGCUAUAUUAUUGGUGGAGCAGACUUGAUGUUUCCUGGUAUUGGUAUCCCUCCAGAGGGAUUGCCUUCUUUCUCAGUUGGGGAGGCCUGGUCAGUUAAAGUUCCAGGAAAUGCUUAUCCUAUUGCUGUAGGAGCUACUUACAUGAGUAGUGCAGAAGCAUCCAAAGCUGGGUUACGUGGGAAAGCUUUGCGCAUCACACACUAUUAUCGAGAUACUUUAUGGGAGUCUGCAGAAGGCCGAUACAUACCCAAUGAAGGAUUCCUAGAAGAUAUAGUUGUAGAAGAUCCUGCACAUUUUGCAGCUUCUCAGACAACAGAGACACCUGAAUCUAAGGCCUUAAAUUCUCUAGAACAUAUACAACAGGGAAGUGGUAAUGGUGGUGACGUAUAUGUGCAGGAUGGAGCUGAGCUUGAUCCUGAUGAUGAAACAAAAGUACAGCCGAAUGAUAAGAAUGAGCCUUCAGAACAGGUUGCUAAAGACCUGGAGGAAUUAAAGGUGGCUGAUAAUAUUGAAGAAGAAGCAAGUAGCGGCAAAGGUCAGUCAGCUUCAAUGACUGUAGAGGAGGUAGAUACUCUUUUAGACAAGUGUUUGCUUCAAGCACUGCAUACAACUGUGAAAGAUAAAGAUCUUCCCAUGCCUGGAAGCACAUUAUGGUCAAACCAUAUCCUGGCCUGCAGGCCACCAGGAAUCACACUAGACAUCAAGAAAUCAUCUCACAAAAAGCUUUCCAAGUGGUUACAGGCAAAAUCUUCUCAUGGAUUGAUUUCAGCGAAGGAAGAUAAACAUCGAAAGGAAGUGAUGUUGCUUGCUGUAAAUCGUGGAAACCCAGACUAUCAAGCAUUUAAGCCUGAGAAGAAAAAAGCUGUUCUUACUGAGGCACCUGAUACCACUCAAAGUGAUGUUGCUCGGUCACAAAUGCAACUCGAAGUUAUUGAACUUUGGAAAUCUACAACCCAUGUUAAUUCUAUCCUGGAAGCCGUUGGAGCAAACCCAAACCAGUUUUAUACUGCAUUAGAGGCCACUGAUAUUGUUUUUUCCUAUGUUGAGAAGGAAAAAUUAGUAAAGCCAGAUAACAAGUCUAUGAUAGUGCUCAAUGCUACUUUAUGUGAUGCUCUUUACAAAGGAACAGUGAAAAAGGGUUCAAUGUAUCCCACAGAGAUCCACAAGAAAGAUCUGGGUCCAAUGUUUUUGAGCCGCAUGCAAUCUAACCACCGAGUGACACGAGGAAAUGAAUCAGUUGUGAGAAAGGGUGGACUCAAAACUAUUCAGAUAAUGACUGAGCGAAGGCAAGGAAAUAAAAAGGUUACAAAAGUUUCAGGCAUAGAGUCGUUUCUAAUUGAUGCAGAUGCUUUAGCCUCUGAAUUGCAAAAAAAGUUUGCUUGCAGCACUUCAGUUGCAGAACUGCCAGGUAAAAAGGGACAAAAUGAGGUGCUUGUUCAAGGUGGAGUUUUAGAAGACUUAGCAAGACAUUUAGUUCAACAAUAUGGAAUUCCCAAGAAAUAUAUAGAAGUUCUUGACAAGACAAAGAAAUGAGUUGCUUGUAUUGCUAUAUUGCUCUGCCUGUAUUUGUUUACAGAGUUAUUAUGUAGCCUUGAUGCACAGAAGGAUGCAUAUCUGCAGAUGUUCAGUACCAUAGUUCAGGGGGGUUUCUGAAGAUCAAUGAGAUAUCAGAAUCAAUUUAUACAACUGUAUUUUCAGUUUGGUAUUCUCAUAUGGUACAUUUCAUCUUUUCUCAACCAUUUGAUUAUAUAAACAAAUAAAAUGUUUCCUUUCUAAAGAGUGUACAUAAUUGAAAAUAAUUUUUUCAAAAGACAUAACCGUGUGGGUUGGCUGUUUUUUCUAUCAGCGUAUGCAUGAGGUGGUCAACUAUCUAUUUAGUGUAAAUUUAAAGGAAGGAGCUUAGGAGACAGCUUGGUCUUUGUAGGUGCUGAUGGUGAUUGGCUUAUCACUGCAAUGCACUGUUCUACCAAUAAAAAUAAUGCUGGCUUUUUGGAUAUUACAAUUUGCAACAAAAUGUUUGCAAAUGCCUCCUGCCGUCAUUGAUUAUAACUUUCUUGCAGAUGAGAAUACUUUCGUAGACCCUGACCACCUUGCAUGUUUGUUUGAAGUAUUCUCCCUAUAUUAUUAAAAUAUGAUCCUCUGAACUUAAAUGCAAGUGGUGUCGGAAACUUGAUUAUUAUGUAAUCACUUUUCUUUAAAAAAUUUGAUGAUA